AAGAAGCAUUUGGGGCAGUUGUCUCGGAGAGUAGAAAUCGGGGUAACCCGAAUGAAAUCGAACCGAACUCGCCCGACCCGGGUUUAGCCCCGAAUAAAAAAUCCGAAAGUGUAAACCAAAACGGGAAGGAAACUCUCACCAGCGAGAUCGCCGGAGCUCCAUAUAAGCACGAACCGGGCAAGAAACCACACGAUUCGUAGUAUCUACUUCACUAUCAAAGAUUCAGUGUGAUUAAGGAGAGACUGUUGCAAAUGGGAGUGAGGGCGGUGAACUGAUGUCACUGUUCUGGAUUGUAAUUCGUCAGCUUGCAGAGAUCGAAGAAAUGGCAACGUCGAAGAAAGUGAUUACUAGGGAAGAGUGGGAGAAGAAGCUUAACGAUGUAAAGAUUAGGAAAGAAGACAUGAACAAGCUGGUGAUGAAUUUUCUUGUCACCGAAGGGUAUGUUGAAGCUGCUGAGAAAUUCCGGAUGGAAUCUGGAACUGAACAUAUAGAUCUUGCAACAAUUACAGAUCGUAUGGCUGUUAAGAAGGCUGUACAAUGUGGCAAUGUUGAGGAUGCUAUUGAGAAAGUGAAUGAUCUAAAUCCAGAGAUAUUGGAUACAAAUCCCCAGUUGUUUUUCCAUCUUCAACAGCAAAGGUUAAUCGAAUUAAUUAGAAAUGGAAAAGUAGAAGAGGCUCUCGAGUUUGCUCAGGAGGAGUUAGCACCAAGGGGGGAAGAAAAUCAAAGCUUUUUAGAAGAGUUGGAGAAGACAGUCGCGCUUCUAGCUUUUGAAGAUGUCUCAAACUGUCCUGUUGGUGAACUUUUGAACAUAUCACAGCGCCUAAAGACAGCAAGCGAAGUAAAUGCAGCCAUCCUAACUAGCCAGAGUCAUGAAAAAGAUCCUAAGCUUCCAAGUUUGUUGAAGAUGCUUAUAUGGGCCCAGAAUCAGCUUGAUGAGAAAGCAGCAUAUCCUCGGAUAAACGAUUUAUCCAAAGCCACAUUGGAAGACCCUACAGUUUGAAGAGUCGUGAUGAUUGAAUUGAUAAUACUUCAGUUGUGAAGGGUUAUGGUUUAUGAAAUUCAAAUUUGAUGUAAUGUACCUUAAUUGAUAAAAGUGACUAUUGUCUCAUUUUCCUCUUGAAUGUAAGAUCUAUUUUCAUUCUUUAGCCUUUAAA